AUGGCUUUUUGCUGUUCAUCAAAACCACAAGUAAAGGCUGCAUGGAAUGUUGAGGACGACAGCAGAAUCUUGUUUUCUCUCAGUUUAUUUCUCACCUUAAUUCUUCUGAACUCCAGCCUGCUGAUAUCAGCAAAUGGUGGCCAUGGUCAUGGUGGUCAUGAUGAUGAUGAUUACUGCAGGAGGACUUCUAGAACUGUAACUGCGUGUGAGGGACUUGAUCUGGUGUUGUCUUGUCCUAGAUUUAGUAAGAUCCACAUACUUGCUGCAAACUAUGGACGUACAGAUAGAAGAACCUGCGUUGACCAUCGUCCACGAGGUGAAAUCCGAAACACCAACUGCAUUUCACGCAACUCCCUGUACAUUGUGUCCAGAAGCUGUGACGGACGUGGGAGCUGCACCAUAUCAGCCACCAACAGUGUAUUCUCUGAUCCGUGUGUCGGCACUUACAAGUUUCUGAGAGUCAAAUACUGCUGCAAGCGUCGCAGGGGCUGA